AUGCACGGAAGACCAAGAAAUCAAACCAUUGACGAGAAGAAGAAACAAAUUUUGAAGGAAAAGAUUGAAGUAUUUUCUGCUCUCCGAAGCGAUCUACUCAAGAACAAACACAACAAGAUUUUUUCCUAUGAUGCUCUUUCUAAAAUCGAGAAAGCUCUCUACAUUGCUCCCGAGUUUUAUACAUUGUGGAAUUAUAGGAAGGAAAUUAUUACUCAUCUCACUGAAGAGAAUGAAGAAAUUAAAAAUUCGGCUGAAAAGAAAAAGGAAAUAUAUGAAGGAGAAUUACAGUUAACUCAAACCGUUCUCAGCAAGCAUCAUAUCAAGUCCUAUGCUACGUGGCAUCAUCGUUGCUGGAUUAUGCAAAAGCUUGAUGCUACCUAUUGGGAGAACGAUCUCAAAUUGACUUCACAGCUACUGAGUUAUGACAAUCGUAACUUUCAUUGUUGGAAUUAUAGAAGAUUUAUCUUACACUUGCUUGACAGAAAACCAUCUGCGGAAUUGGAAUAUUUGUAUGGCAUGUUAGAUGAUGUACAGAAUUAUUCUGCAUGGCACAAUAGAUCUUCACUCCUCGUUGAGUACUCUCAAAAGGAAGCAAUACCAUUCACUGAUGUUGUGAACCAGGAAUAUGAUUUAUGUACAAAUGCCUUCUACACUGAACCUUCCAAUCAGAGUGCUUGGAUAUACCACCGUUGGUUGCUCUCUUCACCUGAGGGCAAAACUUUGAGAUCCAAGGACCUUGAAACAUGCAAUGAAUUGUUAGACAUGAUGACCGAUUUGAAGAAUCCUAAAGACGAAAAAUGGUGUCUCGUUACCAUUGUCUUGAACAUGUUGGAAGAGCCAAUUCUUGAAGAGGCUGAAAAAGAAACUGUCAUCACUCAUCUCAACAAACUGGUUCAAUUAGAUCCAACACAUAAAGGAUACUAUAAUGAUAUUCGUAGCGACUUUUUGCUGAAACAUUAUUCAAACAGAGACCAUCUUGAGAAACUUGUUAUCAACUCCAUGCAAAUAUCAAGAAUGCACAUUCUUAACACCUUACCAGAAAUUUUUGCACAACUCAAACACAUCGACCUAUCAAACAACAAUAUCAUUUCAAUCCCAACUUUAAAAUUAGAAAACUUGGAAGAGUUGGUAUUGGAUGAUAACAAGAUUAGAUUCCUCGAAGGACUUGCUCAUUUGAAAAAACUCACCAAGCUCUCCUUAAAUAAUAAUGCAAUUGCCAAAAUUCCAAACGUCCUUGUUAGUUCAACUGUUUCACAACUAUUUUUGAAUGGAAACCCUGUUGUCAACACACAGUCGCUCGAACAAAACAAAUCAGUGGCAUUCCCAUCCCUUUCUCAGCUGCAACAAUAA